ACACUGUUUUGAGGCAAGCAAAGCAAAAAAAAAAAAAAAAAACCAAAGCUAUUUCAAGCAAAACAAAACAGGUUGCACUGAUCUUAGGUGGUCUGAGAAUCUUGGGGUUUGUUUCGUUUCUAUGUAUAAUACAUGGAUGAUGAUCAGAGAGAGCAGCUGAAAACUGGUGCAGUCAAGAAAGUAAAUGGGCCUAUAAGGUCCAUAUUCAUGCAUGCCGACGCUGUGGAUUUGUGGUUGAUGACUCUCGGCUUCAUCGGCGCCGUCGGUGAUGGUUUCAGUACACCUCUUGUUUUGCUUGUUACUGGCAAGUUAAUGAACAAUUUUGGUGAUGCUUCAGCUGUCACUUCAGACACGUUCAUUCAAAAUAUCAACAAGAACUCGGUGGCUCUUUUGUAUUUGGCUUGUGGGUCAUGGUUUGCUUGUUUUCUAGAGGGGUUUUGUUGGUCAAGAACAGGUGAAAGACAAGCAACAAGAAUGAGAGCCAGAUAUCUGAAAGCAGUUUUAAGACAAGAUGUGGGGUACUUUGAUUUGCAUGUUAGCAGCACAGCUGAAGUUAUCACUAGUGUUUCAAAUGACAGCCUCGUAAUCCAAGAUGUCCUCAGUGAAAAGGUACCAAAUUUUCUGAUGAAUGUUGCAAUAUUUGUGGGGUGCUACAUGGUAGCAUUUAUAAUGCUGUGGAGACUAGCAAUAGUAGGCUUUCCUUUUGCUGUGCUUCUGGUGAUUCCUGGUUUAAUGUAUGGAAGGGGAUUGAUAGGAAUAGCUAGAAAGAUAAGGGAGGAAUAUAACAAAGCUGGUACAAUAGCAGAACAGGCAAUAUCUUCUAUAAGAACAGUUUAUGCCUUUGUUGGUGAGACCAAAACCAUUGCAGAAUUCUCAGCAGCUUUACAAGGGUCAGUCAAGUUGGGGUUAAAGCAAGGUUUGGCUAAAGGUCUAGCAAUUGGAAGCAAUGGGGUGGUUUUUGCAACUUGGUCGUUCAUGGCUUAUUAUGGUAGUAGGAUGGUCAUGUACCAGGGUGCUAAAGGAGGAACUGUUUUCAUUGUUGGCGCAGCCAUUGCCAUGGGAGGCUUGGCAUUGGGGGCUAGUUUGUCAAACCUGAAGUAUUUCUCUGAAGCAUGUUCAGCUGGGGAGAGGAUAAUGGAAGUGAUAAGAAGGGUCCCUAAGAUUGAUUCAGACAAUUUAGAAGGUGAAAUCAUGGAAAAAUUUUCAGGAUCCGUGGAAUUCAAGCAUGUUGAAUUUGCAUAUCCAUCAAGGCCUGAAACCAUGAUUCUCAAAGAUUUUUCCCUAACCAUUCCAGCUGGAAAGACUGUGGCAUUAGUGGGUGGGAGUGGCUCGGGGAAAUCCACAGUCAUAGCACUACUGCAAAGGUUUUAUGACCCACUAGGGGGAGAGAUACUCCUUGGUGGGGUCGCCAUUGAUAAGUUGCAGGUCAAGUGGCUAAGGUCACAAAUGGGUUUGGUGAGUCAGGAGCCAGCACUUUUUGCAACAACCAUAAAGGAGAACAUACUUUUUGGCAAGGAAGAUGCUACCAUGGAAGAGAUUAUCGAAGCUGCCAAAGCCUCAAAUGCCCACAAUUUCAUCUGCCAAUUGCCACAGGGUUAUGACACUCAGGUUGGCGAAAGAGGAGUUCAAAUGUCAGGAGGACAAAAGCAAAGAAUUGCUAUAGCAAGAGCAAUUAUAAAAGCACCCCGAAUCCUUCUUUUAGAUGAGGCAACAAGUGCACUAGACUCGGAAUCUGAACGAGUGGUGCAAGAAGCAAUAGACCAAGCCUCCAUUGGCCGAACCACCAUAGUAAUCGCCCACCGCCUGUCUACCAUCCGCAACGCUGAUCUUAUAGCAGUUUUCCAAAAUGGCCAGGUUAUAGAAAUUGGAUCACAUAAUGAGCUGAUAGAAAAUCAAAAUGGUCACUACACUUCAUUAGUCCACCUUCAACAAACAGAGAAAGAAAAGAACCCUGAAGAAGCUAACUCAACUUUACCUACUUGUGCUUCAUCUUCAAUCACAAAUAUGGAUAUCAACAACACAAGUAGUAGAAGACUUUCAUUGGUUAGUGGAUCAAGUUCUGCCAAUUCUUUUUCCCAAAACCGUGCUCCACUGGCUGGCGUUUCCGUGGUGGAAGAUCAAGAAAAAUUGCCAGUCCCCUCUUUUAGAAGAUUGUUGGCAUUGAACUUACCAGAAUGGAAGCAAGCAAUGAUGGGAUGUUCAUGUGCAAUCCUAUUUGGUGCAGUUCAACCUGUUUAUGCAUUCUCACUAGGAUCUAUGAUAUCAGUAUAUUUUCUGACUAAUCAUGAUGAGAUCAAGGAAAAGACUAAGAUCUAUGCCUUAUGCUUUCUCGGGUUGUCGGUGUUUUCAUUUCUGAUUAAUGUUGGCCAACAUUAUAAUUUUGCAUACAUGGGAGAAUACUUGACAAAGAGGAUUAGAGAGCGCAUGCUUUCAAAGAUACUCACUUUCGAAGUAGGCUGGCUUGAUCAAGAUGAGAAUUCAAGUGGGGCUAUUUGCUCUAGACUUGCCAAGGAUGCCAAUGUGGUAAGAUCUUUGGUUGGUGACAGAAUGGCACUAGUUGUUCAAACCAUUUCAGCAGUAACCAUAGCUUUCACCAUGGGGCUGGUCAUAGCUUGGAGGCUUGCACUUGUGAUGAUAGCGGUCCAACCAAUCAUCAUCGUUUGUUUCUACGCGAGACGUGUCUUGCUUAAAAGCAUGUCUCAGAAGGCUAUCAAAGCCCAAGAGGAAAGCAGCAAGCUAGCUGCAGAGGCAGUUUCCAACCUCCGAACCAUCACUGCCUUCUCCUCCCAAGACCGAAUCCUGAAAAUGCUCGACAAAGCCCAAGAAGGCCCACGAAGAGAGAGCAUUCGCCAAUCAUGGUUCGCUGGUAUUGGCCUUGGCACAUCAACAAGCCUAACAACUUGUACUUGGGCCUUAGACUUUUGGUAUGGUGGAAAACUUAUGUCACAUGGCUACAUCACUGCAAAGGCUUUGUUUGAAACCUUCAUGAUCUUAGUAAGCACAGGUCGAGUAAUAGCCGACGCAGGAAGCAUGACUUCUGACCUCGCGAAGGGCUCAGAUGCAGUUGGAUCAGUCUUUGCUAUAUUGGAUCGAUACACUAGAAUUGAACCCGAAGACCCUGACGGUUACAAACCCGAAAAGAUGACAGGCCAUGUAGAACUUCGCGACAUAGACUUCGCGUACCCCGCCCGACCAGAUAUUAUUAUCUUUAAAGGCUUCUCACUCAAAAUUGAAGCAGGUAAAUCAACAGCAUUGGUAGGACAAAGCGGGUCGGGUAAGUCAACCAUCAUCGGAUUAAUUGAGAGAUUUUAUGAUCCUCUUGAGGGAGCAGUAAGGAUUGAUGGUAGAGAUAUAAGGUCAUACCACCUUAGGUCGCUAAGGAAACACAUUGCACUUGUUAGCCAAGAGCCCACAUUAUUUGCUGGUACAAUCCGAGAAAACAUUGCAUAUGGUGCAUCUGAUGAGACAGAUGAAGCAGAGAUCAUUGAGGCAGCUAGAGCAGCCAAUGCCCAUGAUUUCAUUUCAGGGUUAAAAGAUGGGUAUCAUACAUGGUGUGGUGAAAGGGGAGUUCAGCUAUCUGGUGGCCAAAAGCAACGCAUUGCAAUAGCAAGAGCCAUAUUGAGAAACCCGGCAAUUUUACUCUUAGAUGAGGCAACCAGUGCCCUUGACAGUCAAUCAGAGAAAGCAGUACAAGAUGCACUUGAAAGAGUAAUGGUGGGGAGAACCAGUGUGAUUGUGGCACAUAGGUUAAGCACCAUUCAAAACUGUGACCAAAUUGCAGUGUUGGAUAAAGGCAAGGUUAUAGAGAAAGGGACCCAUCAAUCUUUGUUGGCUAAAGGACCCACUGGAGCAUACUUCUCAUUGGUUAAUCUCCAAAGGAGACCCCACAACAACACUGCUCACUCAAUCAACUAAAAUUACUUGGGAAAAAGAUAUUGUUAGAUUAGGCUUUUUAUUUAAAGCGAACCAUCCAAACUUUGAUGGUGAAAGGCCUAACUUAUUUACAAUAUUCUCUCCCCAACUUUUCCCUUUCAAUUCCCUAUGCUGAAAGGGAGAUCUGCAAUCACUGUAAUAUCAACUUUGAUUUUUCAAUAAAUGCCUAUUUCUCUCUCUUUUAAA